AGAUCGGAAUUAUUUGUCAAAUUUGAAGUUGGAAUUUGAAGCAAAGAAAAAGUUUUAAUGUUUUGAAAAAAGGAACUGAGAAUUGAAGAAGAAGAAGCAGAAGAAGUAGGCGUUGCAUGAAUUUGUCAACAUGAAGGCUGCAUCAAAUGGGUAUCUGCCAAAUUCAGGAGAAGGGGAAAGGAAGGCUAUUAAUUCGGAAUUAUGGCAUGCUUGUGCGGGUCCACUUGUUUCUUUGCCUCCUGUUGGAAGUCUUGUGGUAUACUUCCCUCAAGGUCACAGUGAGCAAGUUGCAGCAUCAAUGCAGAAGGAGACUGAUAGCAUCCCAAACUAUCCUAACCUUCCUUCCAAGUUGAUAUGCAUGCUACAUAAUGUCACUUUACAUGCUGACUCAGAGACUGAUGAGGUCUAUGCGCAGAUGACUCUUCAACCUGUUAGCAAGUAUGAUCAGGAAGCAUUACUUAUAUCCGAUAUGGGCCUCAAGCAAAGCAGGCAACCUACAGAGUUUUUCUGCAAAACUCUAACAGCUAGUGACACAAGCACUCAUGGUGGAUUUUCUGUACCUCGUCGAGCAGCUGAGAAAAUCUUCCCACCUCUAGAUUUUUCAAUGCAACCCCCUGCUCAGGAGAUAGUAGCUAAAGAUUUGCAUGAUCAGACAUGGACAUUCAGACACAUUUAUCGAGGCCAACCAAAAAGACACCUGUUGACUACAGGUUGGAGUGUUUUCGUUAGCUCGAAACGACUCUUUGCUGGAGAUUCUGUCCUUUUUAUAAGGGAUGAAAAAUCACAGCUUCUUUUGGGUAUAAGGCGUGCUAAUAGACAGCAGCCUGCCCUUUCCUCUUCAGUCAUAUCUAGUGACAGCAUGCAUAUCGGAAUUCUUGCUGCUGCUGCUCAUGCCUCGGCAAAUAACAGCCCAUUUACUAUAUUUUAUAAUCCAAGGGCCAGCCCUUCUGAGUUUGUGAUUCCACUGGCCAAAUACAAUAAAGCAAUGUAUACUCAAGUUUCAUUGGGCAUGCGGUUCAGAAUGAUGUUUGAGACAGAGGAGUCAGGAGUGCGCAGAUACAUGGGUACAAUCACAGGUAUCAGUGAUGUGGAUACAAUGCGGUGGAAAAAUUCACAAUGGCGCAAUCUUCAGGUUGGGUGGGAUGAAUCAACUGCUGGGGACCGUCCCAGUCGAGUUUCAAUUUGGGAGGUUGAACCUGUUGUAAAUCCUUUCUUCAUAUGUCCACCUCCAUUUUUCAGACCUAAGUUUCCCAAACAACCAGGGUUGCCAGAUGACGAGUCUGACAUGGAGAAUGUUUUCAAGCAAAGCAUGCCCUGGCUCGAUGAAUUCGGCAUAAAAGAUGCGUCAAGCUCUAUCUUUCCCGGCUUAAGUUUAGUCCAGUGGAUGAGCAUGCAACAAAAUCAUCGGUUUCCAUCUGCACAAACAGGAUUCUUCCCGCCUGUUGGUUCUGCAGCAUCCAUGCACAACAACCUUAGCACUGAUGAUCCUUCCAAGUUGUUGAACUUUCAAGCCCCUGCUCUUUCUACGCAAAAUCUCCAGUUCAGCAAAACCAAUAAACAGAAUCAACAAGUCGUUCAACCCAUGCAGCAAUCUCUGGCAUGGCCCCCGCAACAGCAGCAGCUGCAACAAUUGUUACAGUCUUCUAUCAAUUCUCAGCAUCAGCAUCAGCAUCAGCAACAACCGCAGCAGCACCCACAGCAGCAACAACAGCCACAGCAACAGCAACAACAGAUAUUACCGCAAUCUCUUGUAAAUAAUAGUAUAAUUACCCCUAACCAGAUCCCGAACCAAAAUUUGCAGCAACCAGUUACGUACUCUCAGGUUCUCCGGCAACUAUCAACAAGGAAUGCCCAAUCCCAACAAAGCAUUCCUUCAAGUAAUAGGAAUUCAAUUCAGCCUCAGUUGACACAAUUACCACAGGACUUGCAGUAUCAGCAACAAAUAGAACAAGCAAGCAUCCUCCAAAGGCCGCCGCAACAACAGCAAGCACAACUUCAACAAACGUCUCUUCAAUCAUUGCAAUCGAGCCUGUCGCAGAAUCCACAAGGGCAAAAUACAUUGCAGCAAAGCCUUUCGGAGCAGCGUCUUCAACUACAGCUACUACAGAAAUUGCAGCAGCAGCAACAACUGUUAUCCCCAGUAAGCCCUCGUUUGGAGCCUCAGCUUCCACAGCAACAACAGGCCCAUCAACAGAACCGGCAAUUGCAACAUCUGCCUUUGUCUCAGCAUCAGCAAAUCAGUGGCAAUAGUUUCUCGACAUCGACACUUAUGCAAUCACCGCAAUUUGUGAACCAACUUCAGGGUCAGCACAAACCAAUCAGAGCCCAUUCUGGUCUUACAGAAGGGGAUGCUCCGUCAUGUUCAACUUCACCUUCUACAAAUAAUUGCCAGGUGUCUCCGUCAAAUUUCCUGAGCAGGAACCAACAAAAAGCAUCUGUGUUGGUGGAGGAUUCUGUGGUUGAUCCUGCUACUAACAUGGUUCAAGAGCUUCAAAACAAGCCUGAAAUUCGGAUCAAACAUGAGUUGCCUGGCUCAAAAGGACCUGAGCAACAAAAAUAUAAAGUAACUGUUACUGACCAAUUGGAUGUUUCCUCUGCUACGUCAUAUUGCUUGGACGCCAGUGGCCUCCAACAGAAUUUCGCACUCCCCAGUUUUUCUAUGGAUGGGGAUGUUCAGUCACAGUCUAGGAACAACAAUCUUCCCUUUGCAACUAAUGUUGAUAGUUUGACACCUGAUGCUUUGUUGUCAAGGGGCUUUGAUUCCGGGAAAGACAUUCAGAACUUGCUGUCCAAUUAUGGUUGCACGCCAAGGGAUAUCGAGACAGAGUUGUCUACUGCUGCAAUGAGUUCUCAGUCGUAUGGGGUACCCAACAUGUCUUUCAAACCAGGAUGUUCAACUGAUGUUGCAAUCAACGAGGCUGGUGUUCUGAAUGGUGGGUUGUGGGCUAACCAGACUCAGAGAAUGCGAACGUACACAAAGGUUCAAAAGCGUGGCUCGGUGGGAAGAACUAUUGAUGUUACCCGUUACAAGGGCUAUGAUGAGCUCAGGCAUGAUCUGGCCCGCAUGUUUGGGAUUGAAGGACAACUAGAAGAUUCGCAAAGAACAGAGUGGAAGCUUGUCUAUGUAGAUCAUGAAAAUGACAUACUACUCGUUGGAGAUGAUCCUUGGGAGGAGUUUGUGAGUUGUGUUCAGAGCAUAAAGAUACUGUCAUCUGCUGAGGUGCAGCAAAUGAGUUUGGACGGAGAUCUUAGUCACGUGCCGGUUCCCAAACAAGCUUGCAGUGGAACUGACAGUGGGAAUGCAUGGAGAGGGCACUAUGAUGAUAACAUAGCUAACUCUUUCAAUAGAUAACGAGUUCUAGUUUCAGGAAUUCCCUCAUUUGAUUGGUAAAGAGUUCUGAAUUCAUAAAUAUGAAUUGAAGACUCACUUCUUAUGAGGUGAAAUACUGUAUAGAGGAAUUCUGUCGACAAUUGGAUCAAUCCCCGGGAAAUGCUGCAAGAUUGUCAAAUGAGCUUUGUGGUUGCUUAAAAGGUUUACACAGAAUGUGUACAAACCAAAACAGCAGCAAAGCUGAUGAGUGUUGAAUGGCUUCCUAGUUCGGAUGGUAAAUUUGGGGGCACUUUUUGACCAUGGCAGUAGGGAGGAAGGCUCAGUAAUCAGGGGAUGCAAUGUCGGAAUCGGGAGAAGCAGAGUGCCGUGGUGUGAUGAUGAUCUGGUACAUAAAAGUAAUUCCUAGAUUUAGCUUCCACUUAUGGGUGGCUUUGAUGGAGAGAUUCAGCACAAAAGAUAGAUUCAUGGAAAUGAGUGUAUCCCAAUCUAACAAAGUGUGUACUGUGUGAAUUGAUGUAGCAGAAUGAUGAAUUUUUUUUUUUUUAAAUGUUGCUAGACUAAGAAUUUUUGAAAGUUUUUCCAUUGGCCAAGUUCUGGAUGGAAAUCUACUUUUAAGUGAGAAGUGAGCUCAUUAAAAUUUGUAUUCUUGUGUUUGAAGAACUGAAAAUUAUGCAACGAGCUGAAUAUAAUAGCAAUGGGAAACAAAUUUAAAGAGAUGUCACAGAA